GGCAGGGUAGCCCUAAGCUACGAAGAAGGUGGAUGUACCGAAGGUGAAAAGCCUUUGAAGUAGCCUCAUUAGAGAUUAGUUUCCACUGGCAAGUGCAACAGUGACUUGAAGUACACAGGAAUACCACAAACACCACUACUUCAGCACAUUGAUAAACUCUGACGAGAUGUAAUAAAUGUUUUUACUACUGUUUACCCUCGUACCAAACAAUGGCGGCAGAGAUGCCACCUUUUUCGUAAAAUAACAAUCACAAGCUUAGAAAUGAUACUCGUUGGCAGUUAUCAGUUACCGAGAGUCUCACUCACUCACUUAAAAACUUAAAACCGUCAUUCACAAUCGUUUUUUGGCUACCAACCCACGUGAAUAUUGAAGCGAGAUAAUAAGCCCAACUUGAUUGUUUGAAAUUCGUCAACAGCGCUUGUUUAUCAUUGAUUAGUAUAUUUCAGUGCGUGAUCGAAAAUCUCAGAGGGCUAGUCUAGUUCAAUACCGGUCUUUGCGGACAAUACCUUCGGUGAACCUUUGACGACCUAAAAUUGAUAGAACGCGGUUAAGAUGCUGCACUCCGAAUAGAUUAUUUUGUGUUGAAGUUGCACAAAGAUGGACGCGAUUGAGAGCAGCAAGCUGAGCGAUGGUGUCAAUGCUCCGCUGUGGUUAUUCUGGAAACGGAGGCGUUAUAUACUCGUUUUUAUGACAUUCUUCGGAUUCUUCAAUGUGUACUCACUCCGGGUGAACUUGAGUGUGGCGAUUAUCGCCAUGACCGAGAUUCGAGAGGUUCUGGAUGCGAAUGGCUUAGCAGGGUUUGAACAAGACUUCGACUGGAGUUCUAGCUUGCAAGGUUAUAUACUGAGCGCAUUUUUCUACGGAUACCUCUUUACUCAAGUUCUAGGUGGUUAUAUAUCUAGCAGGUUCGGUGGUACGAAUGUCUUCGGGGUUGGAAUAGCUGGAACAGCUAUCCUAACUCUUCUGACACCACUCGCUGCUUUGGGAGGAUUUGGAUGGUUGAUAGCGAUUCGUGUUUUGGAAGGUCUCCUCGAAGGCGUUACCUUCCCCUGCAGUCACGCAUUCUGGUCGCAGUGGGCACCGCCAAGUGAGCGAUCUCGGAUGUCAUCGAUAGCCUUCUCCGGAGCGUUUGCUGGAACAGUCGUUACCAUGCCUUUGAGUGGUGUUUUGGCUUCUAGCUGGGGAUGGGAAAGCGUGUUUUAUGUGUUUGGGACGAUUGGAUGCAUUUGGUAUUUGGCGUGGAUUUUGGUUGUUAGAAACUCUCCGGAAGAUGACAAGUAUAUUACGAUAGAAGAGAAGAAUUUCAUUUUGGAAAGUUUGGGUAGAAUCGAAGGAAGAUUUGAAUCUAUAAAACACCCGUGGAAAAGUAUGUUAACGUCGAAGGCAGUCAUUGCAAUGUGUUUAGCCAGCUUCACUGAAGAUUGGGGCUAUUAUACCCUUCUUACCGGAUUACCAACGUUCUUAAAAACCGUUCUUCAUUUCGACCUACAAUCAUCCGGAGUUCUGUCAGCCCUGCCCUAUCUUGCUAUGGGAAUCCUGCUGAGCAGUGCGGGAUAUCUAGCCGAUUGGUUACAAAUACAGGGUUGGUUAAGUACCACACAGGUGCGCAAAUGUUUCACCUGUGGUGCCUUUCUCAUCCAGCUGGUUUGUAUUAUAAUUGGGGCCCUGUUUCUGAUUCCGGUUCCAACUAUGGUUUGCGUAACCAUAGCCGUUGGUAUGGGAGGAUUUGCCUGGAAUGGAUACUUUGUGAAUCCUUUGGAUUUCUCACCGAGAAGUGCCGGGGUGCUGAUGGGAAUCGCUAACGGCUUUGCAACGAUAGCAGGCGUUGUGAGUCCGCUGGUUAGUGGAUAUUUAACGCCCACUAACGGUGAAAACGAGUGGCGAGUGGUAUUCUACAUAACCGGUGGGGUUUAUCUCUUCGGGACAUUAGUCUACUGGUGUUGGGGCUCCGGAGACCCGCAACCAUGGUCAUUGGAGGCCACGAAAGGACGAUGCAAGGAAGCGGAAGAAUGUGAAAAACAAUCAUCGAAGUAAAACGUUUUAUUAAUGGCAAGAUAUACUCAAUUUCUUCUCAAAUUGCGUUAAUGGCAUCCCGAAACACAUAGAGUUCAUUUUGGCGACUCGUUAAUUUCCUUCACCACUGGCUGCAGACUGGACAGAUUGGUUUCUUUC